UCUGCACAAUGAAGAUCAUCAUAUUCUUGGUACUGGCCGGUCUCAGCCUCGCUCAGGAAGAUCUUAAUUGUCCAGAACCACCAAUUCCUAAAGAUAAAAAAGAGUGCACGCUCCAAGCUUUAAAGGGAUUUUCUAAUUUCUCAAAAUCAUUUAAAACAUUUAUUUGCGAAUACAAGGGAACGUUUGAUGCCAAUAAGGAAAAUCAUGCGAAAGCUGCCAGAGACUUGAUAAGGGCCAUGGCUUGUUCCGGUUGUGGUGCUGAUGAUUGGAUUAGUCAAAGUGGCACAACAUUUGAGGAGAUAUACAAAGAUACCGGAAGAUUCGGAACAGAAAUACUGACCAUCGUAAAUAAGAUUGCGGACGUACUAGGACUGACUGAAGCUUUGACGAAGUUAAUAUGCGAUCUCGCUGGAGACGCCUUGGCAUCAGAAUGUUUAGAAAAGAUCCUUAUGGAAGAUACUGAUAAGGCCCUUCAUGGCCUAAAUGACCUCUUCUGCAAGAACGACCUAAAUAAAUUAACUGCAGAACAGAUCAUAGAUCUCUUGGUUAAUUUUGGUUGCUUUGCAGAUGACGCUCUUCACACAAAGGAAACAUUGAAAACAUUUCUCAAGGCUCUCGGUGAAGAUCUUAGGCCUGCGCUAAUAGAUCUUCUUAAAACUCUAAAGGACCUUCUCAUACAAAAAGGAAUAGCUGGCAAACUUGUAUGUGAUGUGACAAAGUUUGUUUUAGGUGAAAAACCUGCCAUUGUUCUUGAUGGUGUUCUUGGAGGAGGUGCUGGAGGUCCUCUUGAUGGUCUUAUUAAUGGUCUUCUUGGAGGAGGUGCUGGAGGUCCUCUCAGUGAUCUUCAUGAUGUUCUUGGAGGAGGAGAUGAAGGUCUUCUCGGUGAUCUUCAUGAUGUUCCUGGAGGAGGAGAUGAAGGUCUUCUUGGUGAUCUUGGUGAAGUUCUUGGAGAAGGAGAUGGAGAUCUUCUUGGGACGUUGGACAGAAAUAGUAGAAGAGUAGAAAGUGCGCAAUAAAAAAGACAAAAAAAAUACAUAAAACCACAAAUUCGUCUAUUGAUUUUCUUGAUAAUGAACAAAUCUGUUUCCUAUAAAUCUUGUUUCUUCUGAUCAAUAAAUA